AUGAGUGCUUCUUUCUUCGGUAAUACGAACAAUGUUGCUUGCGAGACCGAUUGCAAAUUCGAUUCGAAUUUGAAAAUAGAAUCAAGUACCAAGGCAAAGUAUAAAAAAUCUCAUUAUGGUUACGUGUGCUCUGAAAAGUGUUCACGUUGGAAACCAGUAGAAUUAAGACUGGAGAUUACUUUAAAAACGCUUUGCUCUGUCGACUCCUUAAAUGUGACGGCAAAAAUAUGGCGAGGUCCUUGGGUUAACGCGGAAUUAUGUUUUAAAUGGACUGAUAUGCAUGUUUUGAAUGAAACUUUUGGCAACGUCAGCAUCGCCACAAAGCGGCAUCAAAAAAAUCGUUAUGGAUUGUCACGAAUCACAUCGUCAACGCAUUCGGGCUUGUAUCGACGAGGUCCUUUUGAUGGUCCUAUCUCUUUAUCGGUGGACGUUUAUCCUACGGAAGGAAUAGACGUUAGGAUUUGUAUUGACACACUAAAAAAGUGUCAAACACAGAAGAUUACGCCGAAAUCAUGGAAUCGAGUGAGAGCAAAAAUUAAGGUGAAACGGGCGGAACGGAUAUUUCUGCUAUUCUUCAACUCAUCCGAUGAAGAUCGCACAAUGGCUAUGGACAACAUUUCAUUAAGGAGUGGACGUUGUGUGCUAACUAAUUAA